CUCUCUCACUUUCUCUCUCGUUGUACUGAGAAAAUCGUGAAGAUGCUUCUUCUCCGACUUCUUCUUGCUUCAACUGUCACCUUUUGCUUUUCAACUUUUGCUUACGGAGCCUCUCUACUAGCUGGCGACGAAGUGCAAGCUUUACGUGACAUAGCGAAGACGAUGGGUAAGAAGGACUGGGAUUUCAGUGUAGAUCCAUGUAGUGGACAAUCUGGAUGGACUACUCCCUACCCAGUAAAAGGAUUGGAGAAUGCUGUCACCUGCGACUGCACCUUCUUCAAUGGCACUGAGUGCCAUGUUAUCAGCAUAGUUCUGAAAGCACAGAAUCUACCAGGCAAACUCCCACCAGAUUUGGGCAGGUUUCCUUACCUCCAAGAGAUUGACCUCACCCGCAACUACCUUAACGGUUCAAUCCCUCCGGAAUGGGGCUCCACGAAGCUGGUCAACAUUUCCCUUAUUGGAAAUCGGUUAACGGGUUCCAUCCCCGGAGAGCUUGCAAACAUCACUACUCUCAAAAGCUUUACGGUCGAGUAUAAUCAGCUUUCCGGAAUUCUUCCUUCAGAGCUUGGAAAUAUGUCCUCGAUAGAAAGACUCUUACUCAGCUCGAAUUAUUUUACUGGGGAGCUGCCUUCUUCAUUUGCAAACCUAACGACAUUAACAGACUUUCGGAUCAGUGACAAUCAAUUUUCAGGAAAGAUACCCAAUUACAUCCAAAACUGGACAAAUCUCGAUAAACUAGUGAUUCAGGCUAGUGGUUUGAACGGGCCAAUUCCUACAGGCAUUGCUGUUUUGGGAGAGUUGACUGACUUGAGAAUUAGUGACUUGAAUGGAUCUGAAGCAGCGUUUCCACUACUAAAUGAUUUAACAAAGUUGAAAAAACUGAUAUUGAGGAGUUGCAAUAUUGUUGGACAACUACCUAUAUUUCUCGGGACUAUGACAAGUUUGAAAACCUUAGAUCUCAGCUUCAACAAACUAAGUGGAGCAAUUCCAGACAGACUUUCCGGUCUACAAAAAACUGAUUAUAUAUAUUUGACCGGCAACUUGCUAACUGGAGCAGUGCCUCUUUGGAUGCUGAAUAAAGGAGACCAGAUUGAUCUUUCAUAUAACAACUUUACAGUUGAAACAUCUGGGCAACCAGAAUGUCAAAAACGCAGUGUGAACUUGUUUGCUAGCUCUUCAAUGAGGAAUACUUCUGGCGUUGUUUCAUGUUUGAGAAGCAUUCGUUGUCCAAAAAAUCUAUACAAUCUUCAUAUAAACUGUGGCGGAAAAGAAGUAACUUUAGAUGGAAGUGCUACAUAUAACGAUGAUACAAAUGAUGUUGGAUCUUCGAGUUUCUUCCAGAGUUCACACAAUUGGGCAUUUAGCAGCACUGGUGACUUCCUGGACGAUGACCGCCCCACGAAGACUUAUAUCUGGAAAAAUUCAUCCAGGCUCUCAAUGAACAAUCCAGAACUGUACAUGGAUGCGCGCCUUUCUCCUCUCUCUCUUACGUAUUAUGCCUUUUGUUUGGGAAGCGGAAACUACACUGUCAACCUCCAUUUUGCGGAGAUAAUGUUCACUGACGAUAAAACAUAUAGCAGCUUGGGAAGACGUAUAUUCGAUGUUUACAUUCAGGGAAAACGGGUGCUGAAGGAUUUCGAUAUUGUAAAAGUGGCAGGGGGGAUUGGUAAAGCGGUUAAGCAAAAUUUUACUGCUGUCGUGACUGGUAAUACCAUAGAGAUCCGUUUCUACUGGGCGGGGAAGGGGACAACUGGUAUCCCGUACAGAGGAGUCUAUGGUCCUCUUAUUUCUGCUAUUGCUGUGGAUCCUGACUUUAUACCCCCACCCGAAGAUGAAAGUGGUGGUAUAUCUAUAGGUGUGGUGGUCGGAAUUGUCGCUGCUGGAGCCUUUGUUAUAUUGUUGAUUCUGGCCAUCCUCUGGUGGAAAGGCUGUCUAAGUCAGAAAAAUACUAUGGAGCAAGAUUUAAGGGGUUUGGACCUGCAAACUGGUAAAUUCACCUUAAGGCAAAUCAAAGCGGCCACAAACAACUUUGAUGCUGCGAAUAAAAUUGGGGAAGGUGGUUUUGGUCCUGUUUACAAGGGCCUUCUAGCAGAUGGCACUGUGAUUGCGGUCAAACAGCUUUCUGCCAAAUCAAAGCAAGGAAAUCGUGAGUUUGUGAAUGAGAUAGGCAUGAUUUCUGCUUUACAACACCCUCAUCUUGUUAAGCUCUAUGGAUGUUGCAUCGAAGGAAAUCAAUUAUUGCUGGUAUAUGAGUACAUGGAAAAUAACAGCCUUGCUCGUGCUUUAUUUGGGCCAGAAGAAUAUCGGUUGCAAUUGGAUUGGCCAAUAAGACGUAGGAUUUGUGUUGGCAUAGCAAGGGGUUUGGCCUAUCUCCAUGAAGAAUCAAGAUUGAAGAUUGUCCAUCGGGACAUCAAGGCUACCAAUGUCUUGCUUGAUAAAGAUCUCAACCCUAAGAUAUCUGACUUUGGUUUAGCCAAGCUUGAUGAUGAGGAUAAUACCCAUAUAAGCACCCGAGUUGCUGGAACCUAUGGAUAUAUGGCACCCGAAUACGCAAUGCGAGGUUAUUUAACUGACAAAGCAGAUGUCUACAGUUUUGGAAUUGUUGCCUUGGAAAUUGUUAGUGGGAGGAGCAACUCUCGUUACCGUCCAAAGGAGGAAUGCCUCAAUCUUCUUGAUUGGGCACUUAUUUUAAAAGAGAAAGGAAGUUUGAUGCAUUUGGUUGAUCCAAAGUUAGGCUCAGACUAUAAGAAGGAAGAGGUUGUGAACAUGAUCAACGUGGCUCUCCUAUGCGCAAAUGUUUCUGCAGCAGUAAGGCCUUCCAUGUCCACUGUGGUAAGCAUGCUUGAAGGCAGUGCUGUUGUUCCGGAGUUAUCUUCAGAUUCAAGUGUCACAAAUGAUGAAAUGAAAGCGAAGGCAAUGUGGGAUCAUUUUCAACACAGCAAAGAACUGAAAGGGGGAGAUAGCCAGACACAAAGCAUGUCAAUAGAUGGACCAUUUACAGCUUCAUCUACAUCUGCUGCUGAUCUAUAUCCAAUCAAUAUGGAUUCUGAUUACUUGGAGAAAAGAAGAGCCUAGAGAAAUUGGUGAGCUCUCUCAACUUGGUCGUCUCUUCAAUGAAUCUCAAUGCUGCAAUGGUUUCUUUGUAUAUUUUCCAUUUUCAUUUGAGAAUUUCUCUCGGAUUAUAAUUGUGAAAGAAAAGGCAUGAUAACAGAAGUUUUCUGUGGCAUGAAAAGUGUUAAUUGUUUUUUAUUUAUUUUUAACAUGAAAAGACUAUCAACUGUCAAGCUUUGCUGAUUUGCGUGUAUAUUUGUGUUCGGAUAUCCGGAAAUAAUUUAUUUGUAAAACAUUUCAUAUU